CAAAAUCAGAGCAUCCACGAGCACAGCAGGAGCAGGGGCAGCAUCGUGUGGCUCUGCUCCGGGGUGUCUUGAGUCUGCAUCGUCGCAAGGGCACAUGGACAGGUCGCCAGAUUAGCCCCCAAUUGUUGUUAGCUUGCGUUCCCUUGCAUUGCCUGCUCUCUCUGCUGGCCCCGUCCCCCCGCCCUGCAAGUCACUAUAUUUCAACUAGCCUUCCACGGUACGACAAAGCACAGAAAUACACCGAGAAAACGAGAAACAGCAGACACACCAGCACAAGCCUCGCCAUGGUUGAGGUCUACACGUCGACGUACUCACAUAUCGACGUCUACGAGAGCACCAUCAACGACAUCCCGUUGAUGAGGAGGUGCGACGACGAUUGGGUCAACGCUACACAGAUCCUGAAGAUCGCCGGCUUCGGCAAAGCCCAGAGAACCCGGAUACUCGAGAGGGAGGUCCACAAGUUUGUCCACAGAAAGGUUCAGGGCGGCCACGGGAAGUUCCAGGGUACUUGGGUGCCCUUGGAUUUUGCCAAAGAGCUUGCCGUGCGCCACAAGAUCCCUGUCGAAGAGUUGGCCGUCCUCUUCUACGACCCCACCAAGCAUUCCCCGCUCAAAAGCAAGAAGUCGCUCGCCAACGGGGGCUCCAGCUCGGGUAGCUCCAACCCCCAGGCGGCAAAGCAGCUGGACAAAAAGAGGCAAUUGAAGGUGGACACCAGUAACGACGGCAGCGGCAGUGCCGCCAAGAACGCCCGUCAGGGCAGGAAGCUAAACUCACCCCAGAAGAUUAGAAAAGACUCCAUCCCCAACCGCCACAGCUUCCACAACAGCACCAGUGCCGGCAGCACAGGCAAUGCUCCCCUGCCGCCAACAUUUGGCAUGUUCAACGACCCAGCCAAAAGGCUGCACGCAAAAUCCAAGUCCGCUUCGAACAUCUUCGGCUCCGUGGCGGCCAACACCCCUCCGUCUUCAGCACCGUCAAUGCCCCAUCCGGGCUCAAAAAUGGAUCAAUACUACCAGUACCAACAGAUCCAGUCGCACCAGCUGGAAGCACAGCGUGAGCUACAGCUUCUUCAGAAGCAGCAGGACGUGGUGAGUCAGCCACAGGUACCCCACAAUUCACAGCACCAGAACCAGAACCAGAACCAAAGCCAAAACCACUAUCAAUCUCAGCAGCAACAACAGCAGCAAUAUCAUCACCAGCGCCAACAACACCACCACCAACAACAACAACACCCCCACCAGCAACAGCAUCAGCAACAGCAGGGCUUCAACAGACCAGUCAAUGGUACAAACGUGCCUUAUUUCGUGAAUCAUCGCAACAAUCAUAGUAUUCAAUCUGUUUCUGAUGAUUCACAUCAACAAAUAAGAGAAAGCAGUGACACCUCAACUUCGUCGGCAGGCUACAUGAUCUAUGAUAAAAACUCAAACAACCUGCCUCAAAGAUUACAGUUAUACAACAGCACAAAAUAUAACGAUCAGCAACUAAUGGCUAGCCCACAAUCUCAAAUUUUAAGACACAACCGUCAUCACUCAAGUCCACACAUCAUGACUUCCCAAAAUGAAAGCAAUGUAUCUUUUGAUAACUCAAUCGAUAUUCAGGAUUUCUAUACCACCCAACUACUUUCAUUUUUUAUAAAUGAUUCCCCCGUCCCCGAGUUCUUGUAUGACCCUCCUUCCGACUUUGACAUCAAUAAGCAAAUAGAUGAUGAAGGACAUACUCCCUUGCAUUGGGCUUCAGCUUUAGCUGCAGUCGACAUCAUCAAGUUACUGGUUGAUCACAACGCAGACACUCUAAUACUAAAUGACGCUGGAAUGAACGCCUUGUCCAAGUUGAUCAAUUUCAGUAAUUCUUACGAUUGGAAAAACUUCAAUAUCAUUCUUCCUUUGUUGAAACAUUGCUUGGUUGUACCUGAUGCUAAUCAGCGGACUCCCAUACAUUACUUGAUGGAGUUGAGCUCAACUCCUAACAAGCAAAACUCAUCAAGAUAUUACUUUCAUGAAAUUUUAAGCUUCAUCAAAGUUCAGCAAAAGGAGGCUGAGAGAUUCAACAACAAUGUGAAUAAUGAACGUCAAUUAUUGCAAGUUCUUAUAAAUCAUUCUGAUAUUAAUGGGGAUAGUGCUUUACAUUUGGCCAUGAAGGCAAAUUCAAGGGACUUGGUUAAGGAUCUCCUACUUCACGGAGCCGAUGCCAGUAGCGUCGGUGUACAAAAUAUUCCGCCGGAUCUCUUAAAGGAGGUUGAAAUGGAGAAGAAAUACAUGCACAUGAAUUUAGGAAUGUCACAUAACGCGGAUUUGCAUAUGAGUAUGAAUAUGAUGAAUGUGCAGAAUAAUAGCCAAAAUCACAACAAUGAUAUUAACAGUGAAAAUAACACUCAGUCAAGUGGUAACGGUGUAUAUCAAAAUAUGCAAAUGUAUCCUCAAAUGGCAGACCGACACUCUGCGGUGAAUUCGGUUGAGAAUGGAUCGUUUAAAGGAAAUCCAAAUCAGCUCAGCCAUAUUGAUGAGCUAGGAAAUUCUGAUAUUGUUCACUCAAUGACAGAAGUGGGUGAUCAUUCCAACGCCAAUAGAAACAACAAUCCGUUCUUAAUAUCAAAAAAUGAGUCGGUAUCAAGCUACAAAUCCAAAGGUACUCCUCAAACGAUAAUUUUACAACGAACCCCCGGGAGUCAAAUAGAUGUUUCCGAAGACAAGGAAAACAUCUUUGAUACUGUGAUAAAAACUGAACUGGAUUCAGCAAAGGAAUUACCGGGAACACUGGCUUCUACUCCUUCGAAGAUGGAAGUUGAUAACACUUUCUCUAUAGUGGAUGGUGAUCUGACGAAUGACAAGACCAUAGACGAAGAUGAUGAUUCUUUAAUGGUUGUCCAUCCGUCAAAGAUAUCUAAAGUUGAACUUGAUAACUUUAUGAGUUCCUUCCCUUCAAAGAUAUCACAGUUGAAGACUUCACUGGAAAGUAAAAAUGAUCAUUUACAUUACAAUAUCGAGACUAUCAAUAAACUGAACAGUGAGAUAUCAUCAAUAACUGUGAAGAACUCUAAAUGUUUGAAAAAAUUGGCAAAAGUUACACGGUUAGAUCCUAAAAACAUAGAUUUCAUGGCGAUCGCCAAUGCUUCAGAUGAUGUAAUGAAAGACUUCAUUUCAACUAAUGUAUCGAAAAUUGAAUCCAAUUUGGAUAGCAAAAGCGAUAAGCUAUUGGAUUUAUGUGAGCGCUCUCAAGCACUAGAUGUCGCUAAGCUGGUGAAUAUUGAAGAAAAUUCAAUAGUUGAAGAUGAAGGUAAGGCUGUGAGUAACAAACUGGAGUUGGCUAUUCAAUUGACUUUAUUACAAAUCACCCGUCGAAAGAUCAUGGAACAAACUUUGGAACUGUAUCUUAAUGAAGGCGUCAACGACGAAGAUUUCUGUUUUGAUGAAGAUGCCGUCGAUAUAAACAUCACCGCAGAUGAUGCAGAUGAUUUCCGCAUGAUGAGAUCCAAAAUUUCCGUUUACAAAAAAUUAAUAUCAAGCAUAUGCGGCUUACCGGCUUCUGAAAUCAACGGAGACUUACUUAACGGGAUAGAGAAGGUGUUAUCUUGAUAUAUUCAACGUUGAAUUCACAAUUCUUUGAGAACCAACUUUUUCUAGACCUUACAAGAUGUUUCUUACAACUAUUAAGUAUAUGAUAUAAUCUCUAUAAACAUUUAAUAGAUUUAUAGUAUUAAAAUUAUUCUUCGCUUAAAU